GCCCAGUAUACUCUGCUAACUACCACAUAUCAGUCCCCUGCUCCCACUCGCUGCACCUAUCCUAUCUUUAACCCUGUAAAGAAGUCCUCUGUAGCAACUGCUCCCUCCUUUGUUCCAUCCCUCAGCUCUUCUCUGCCUACAGCUGCUCUAUCCACUUACAAACCUGCGCUUACUUCCUGCACUCCAGUAACUAAAACCAGGAAAAAGCAAAAAUUCUUUCCAACCAAUACCAUCCUGCCAGUAUUCAAACCGGUCAGCCUGCCGUCUGAGAACCCGCCUUCCAUGGUUCAGCCUGAUACCCUGAUGCCCGAUGUCCCAGUGUACCCUACCCAGCUUGAUGUGUCUACCGAUGACCCAAUGCCCGCUGUCGAGCCAGAUGACCCGCUGCCCACUGUCAAGCCAGAUAACUCGAUGCCUGAUGACCCGAUGACCCGGUGCCCGCUGUCGAACCAGACGAUCCAAUGC